AUGAUCAGAGAAAUUGAAAAUGGUGUUGAACAUCUUAGUAAUGCUGUAGCAGUAUGUGGACAACCCCAGCAAUUGCUUCAAGUAUUACAGCAAACUCUUCCUCCACAAGUGUUCCAUAUGCUAAUACAAAGAUUACCAGCAAUUAGUCAAAUUCACACUGGAGAAAAGCCUUACACUUGCAGUUUUUGUAAGAAGAACUUCACACAAAAAGCAAGUUUAAUUGCACAUGUACGGACCCACACUGGAGAAAAGCCUUACACUUGUAGUUUUUGUAAGAAGAACUUCACGCGAAAAACAACUUUAAUUUCGCACAUUCGCACCCAUACUAGAGAAAAACCUUAUGGCUGCGAUGAGUGUAAACAGAAGUUUACAGAAAAAGGAAGUUUAAUAAGACACUUACGUAUUCACACUGGAGAAAAGCCUUACACUUGCAGUUUUUGUAAGAAGAACUUCACACAAAAAGCAAGUUUAAUUGCACAUGUACGGACCCACACUGGAGAAAAGCCUUACACUUGUAGUUUUUGUAAGAAGAACUUCACGCGAAAAACAACUUUAAUUUCGCACAUUCGCACCCAUACUAGAGAAAAACCUUAUGGCUGCGAUGAGUGUAAACAGAAGUUUACAGAAAAAGGAAGUUUAAUAAGACACUUACGUAUUCACACUGGAGAAAAGCCUUACACUUGCAGUUUUUGUAAGAAGAACUUCACACAAAAAGCAAGUUUAAUUGCACAUGUACGGACCCACACUGGAGAAAAGCCUUACACUUGUAGUUUUUGUAAGAAGAACUUCACGCGAAAAGCAACUUUAAUUUCGCACAUUCGCACCCAUACUAGAGAAAAACCUUAUGGCUGCGACGAGUGUAAACAGAAGUUUACAGAAAAAGGAAAUUUAAUAAGACACCUACGUAUUCACACUGGAGAAAAGCCUUACACUUGUAACUCCUGUCAGAAGAACUUCACACAAAAAAACAGUUUAAUUGCACAUGUACGGACCCAUAAUACAGAAAAGCCUUAUGCCUGCGAUGAGUGUAAACAGAAGUUUACAGAAAAGGAAAGCUUAAUGAAACACCUUUUUUAUUCAAAACACAUGUAG